AUGGGUAACAACCUGGCACCAACAAUGGCGAUCAUCUACAUGAACAAGCUAGACGAAGGCAUCCUCACAACAUUUGAUGAGCCGUUAUAUCUCAAAAGAUACAUCGAUGAUAUGUUUGUAGCCUGGUCAACAAAUGAUAUUGAUCCAACAAGACUACUCAAGAUCGCCAAUGAGCUAAAUAAAUCAAUUGAGUUUACCAUUGAGCUUCCAAAAAACAACCAACUUCCUUUUCUCGAUACCAUGGUAACACUAAACCCAGAUGACGGAAAAUUUAACACCUCGCUUUAUAUCAAGCCGAUCCACAGUCAAUGUGUCACACCCUGGGAUAGCCACAACCCAAUCUCCCAGAAACGUGGCCUACUUAUCGGCGAGACCAAAAGAGCUAUAUCGAGAUCAACCAACUCAUCUUCAAGAACCAAAUCACUCCGCUUAAUCAAACAACUAUUCAGAAGAAAUGGAUACCCGAAGUCUUUUGUACAAAACAACAUGGAAAAAGCAACAAAGACACAUCACCCUACGGAGAAUGACGAAAAAGUAAUACACCUCAAAGUUCCUUUUAUUAACGAAGAGUACAAACGCCGAACUCAAGCUGUCAUUCACAGAACAGGGAUUGACAACAUAAAGAUACACUACAUCAACGGACGCAGAUCAGCGAGAAUCUUUGCACCGCCCAAAGAAAGACAAGAAUGUCCUCCUAACUGCAUCACAUGUUCUAAUGCGGAAAAAGAGAACUGCUGCUUAUUAAAACACUGUGUAUAUCAGAUCACUUGUAUGCAUUGCAAUGCAGUUUACAUUGGUGAAACUGGCAGAACCAUCGGGUCUAGGAUUAAAGAACAUGUAAACACACAACAGACUGUCCAUGUUCAUAUGACAAAACACACCAGUGAACCGAGCUUUAAUGACUUAAAGUGGAAGAUCAUACAUACCAACCUACACAAUGUACGCGAGCGAAGGAUAAUAGAAGCCAUUGAAAUAAAGAACACUAGCUCUGACACCCUUAUGAAUGGCUGCGUUGGACGUUACUUAAACAUCUAA